AUGGAUCUUGCGGCGCAGAGAGUCCAUAGUCUUGCCCAGCGCAUCCUGCCCGAAAGGCCACACCAUCUCGCCCUGCUCCCCGACGGAAAAUACUCUGUUCCGCCAGAUUUCUGGCAGCACCAUUCUCACCUUCAAUACUCCACAUUCCUUUCCGACACGGACCGCGGUAUCCUCCUAACUCGCCCGUACUAUGAGAUCAUUCGGGAGGAGCCCGAUCAACUCUCACGCAGUCCAGCGAUCCCGGCAUCGAAGCCAGAAGCCAAGAAGGCUGUGACCAAGAUGUCUUUCAAGGACUACCAAAAUAGCAAAAAGAAACUCUCGUCUUCAUCACCAGACUCCGCCCCGCAGCCGCGACAGGACGCGAAGCAGGCCGGCGCCGAAGGGCCCAGGCAGGCAAAGCUCCCUAUACCCAAGCCUGUCGACGGCAAGAGGAAAGUGUCCGACGUGUCGGCCAGUGCCGGCUCGACGCCCAAGGAUGACCUGAUCAAAAGACCCAGAGUACCGUCGAGGGAACCCCCAAGAAAUGGUGUGAGCCCAUCUCCACACAACGGCAGGAGAUCGCCCGAUUUCCCCGAUAGUGCUCGCCCUCUCAAGAAGAUUCGCAUGGCCGAUGGUGCGAAGCCGGAUACAUUGCGCACGCUAAGGCCAGAUGUCAGUGCCAACAAGAUCUUGCCCGCCUCCACCGACAGGUCCGGGGCCUCCAGAGACGUCAAAAGCGGCGGAAGUGCUCUCACCAACGGCCGCAUCACUUCGGCAAGCAGUAAAGCAGCCUCGCCCCAGAGGCAACCUGUGAACGGGCCUAAAUCUUCCAGCAUGGUCAGGUCCGAAUCAUCUGGGAAAGCAUCCGUUCCUCCUCUCCUAUCGCCUCUCAGGAUAUCGAUCGACGAUGACCAUGAGGUCAAAGCCAAGGGCCCAGCGAAACGGCCGGUAGAUGCGGGGACUGUCCCGAAGGUAUCUGGCAAGGGGGAGAGGGCCGAGGGGCUAGCGAUCAAGAAGCCGGCCAGGCCGUCGUUGCCUCCCUUGCUUUCGCCCACUCUUCCAGAUAUUGUAGAGCAGGAACUCGCGCGAGGCGAGACCACAUCACCAAAGGGUGAUAUCGAAUCUACUAAGAGUCGGGCGAUAGAUUCUCCGAGCGUGGGAGGGAAGACGGUUCCCAAGAUCGAGGACGAGCCCGAGGUCGCCCAGCUGAUUGUGCACCUAAAGUACAAGAAAAAGAACUCGCUGCGUGUCCAGCGACUGCUGGCGUUACAACCCGCUUCCAAGAUCGAGGCGCUGAAGAAGGAGCGAUCGAUGAGCGUCGAGGUCAACUCGCCUCCAGCCAAAAAGCGACCACGAGUCGCAGAAGCGGCCGCGACGGAGCCGGUGGCUGGCAAGCGACCCAGGACCUCGAUGGAUAGCAUCAUGGUUUCGAAACCCGUCGCCCCUUCGACGCCACUUAAGACGGCCGCCACGGCCAUGUCUCGAGUGCCGUCGACCAACUCCCAGGCCCAGACACCAGGCGGUGCGAUAACGAAGGGCCUCACCCCCGGGCCAGGUGACCGCCCCCCGACGAGCUACGAAUUCGACCCUACCAAGGGCAUGUCGUCGGCCACUCUGCGUCGAAAGGGCGGCGAGUACACAGGCCUGGGGACACAGCUCAAGCACAAACGGGAUGGAAUCCUCAAUUCAGUUGCGGGAACCAACAAGGCCGAGGUGUUGGGGAAUAUGACCAGCUCAGACAAGAAGCGAGUUGCAGCCCUGAGCCUCGAGAUGGUAUUGUCCUACAUUGUCGGGUUCGACGCCAUGAACCAGUCCAGGAGUCAGGACCGGAAACCUGGCGACUACCAGCUGUGGGAAUCUCUCAUCCCGCAUCUGGGCGAGCUCCGAAACUUCACCCGCUCCUACAAGGCGCUAGAUGGGAUUGCAAUGCAGCUGCAUGCCAUCGUGGUCGAGGAGCUGAUCAGGGUCUACUACCACCACGACUUCACGACUGUCGGGACCAGGAUUGUGCGCGUUGGCAAGAAGCUCCACGAGAAUUGGGUGGAGGCACACGGUUGUGUCAGUACCAUUACCGAGCCGUCCAUGAAGGCGGAUCUUGGCCCAUGGUCGAGGCCAUCAAGCGCUGCGGCUCAGGCGCUCCAGGUGCUUCACAAUUGGGCGCAACGCGAAGUUGUCGACUGGCGAGCCCAGCUCUCCCUAAAGAUGAGCAACGGAGUGUAA